AUGCUUUCCCUGAAAUUGCGCGACUCCAAAGCCUCUGACGCGUCCCCUUCUGUUUCUCUUGAGCGAGGAACGUACAGGAUGCGUGCCCCACGUUCAAUGAAGCCCGUAGCCCCCCUCGACUUCCACAAGGCGGCCAAACGGUCUCGCCCAACAAAUCACCAACAAGACCUCCUCAACAGGAACUUUUCGAUUCUGCUAACUGUGUUGGCGUUUGCCUGCAUUGGGUGCUUUGCCACGGCUUACUAUCUCUUCUCAACUAGGUGGGCCUUGGAUUCCUGGCGCGACCCCUCGACCCUGGCUAAUGGAACGCUACCAGCUCGCGCACCGUCAGACUUGGCUGACACUGCAGACGGCCUCUCAAAUGUCCUACCUAUGGCGAUGGACCGACUUCUCACCUACCUUCCCCAUAGCGGGUUUCACAACCAGCGGAUAGCGUUCGAAAAUGCGGUGGUCCUGGCCCAACUUCUCAAUAGGACCCUACUUGCACCACCAAUCCACUUGGCCACCAAGGCCACUCGCUUCAUGCAAUACGACAGCCUGUUCCAGACACUGGCUCUAUCAGGGAGGGAGGGACUACACCAUUGCGCAUCCAUACCCCACUAUAUAUUCACCCCUUUGGAAUGUCUCCAUUACUCCGACUCCACGACACUACCGUGGACUGCCCUUUUCGAUCUGUCUACAGUUCACGCCACCCAACCUGUCAUCUACCUUCAGGAUUUAUCCCAGAUAGCUCGCAUUCAUUCAUACUUCUCUCAGGAUGCCAUAGUCGUCGUCGCGGAUGAGAACCCGUACCAGUAUCGCUUUCGCGACGCGGGGGAUAUCACCUCUCAUAGGGCGAGCAAGUUUGAAAGGGAUAUUCUCCUCUCGGAACUCCGAGAAUCUACCUCCCCGCUGCUCCAGCUUGGAUCCCUGUUUGGAUCCCACCGACUCUUACUCAAUUCGAGCAGCGCCCAAAUUCAACGCAACAUCCAAUCUAGCAUGGUCCUCCGCCACCGCGCCUUAACUCGUGCUGCAGCGCUUGUGAAGAAAGAGAUGUCCGAAAUUUACCUUGGUGCCCAUAUUCGAAUUGGCGAUGGCGAUUUCUAUGCAAAUCGACAAAAAACUAUAUCCCGGAUAUGGUGUACACUGCUCCAGAGCGUUGGCCUCGAACAAGAUGACAUCGUCAAGACUACACUGCACCACGAUCUCAAGUUUUCAUUCGGAAACGAUACAUCUCCCUGCCAAGGUACCCGCCAGAAGGGAUCGUUGCCAAACGAACUACGACAAUGGACCCCUUCGAGCUCGCCCGCAAGAUGCCGUCGACCCCAAAUUCCUCUGUCUGGAAGCGCCUUCAGCGUCGGCGUACCCUUGUUCAUUUCCACGGAUGUAGAGAAUCCCCGCACCCAUCCAUUGUUGGCACCAAUCCUUACCACCUUCCCUUGUACCUUUUUCCUUUCCGACUUCGAUCGCGAAACGGCAGAGCUUGCCGACCUUCAGAACCCGGUGGACGGAAUUAGACUUGGUGACUUCUUCAUGCCGUUCUUAGAUGCGAUGGUGGUUGCCAACGCAGCAUUGGUUGUCGGGACUGAAGGUAGCACGUUCAGCAAGUAUAUAGUGACCACUCUGUGGCCAUCUUACCAUGAUACUUGA